AUGUUCUUCUCCAAGUCGGGUAUCAUGGCUGCUGCCAUGCUGGGUGUCUCGGCCGUUGAAGCCCAUAUGCUCAUGCGUCAGCCCACUCCUUACAGCGCAUCGACGCUCAACAAUUCCCCGCUCGCUGCCGAUGGCAGUGACUUCCCCUGCAAGCUCCGCCCCAAUGCUUUUGAAGCUCCUGCGCAAGAGACCAUCGUCCAGAUCGGUCAAUCUAUGCCUUUGACCUUCACCGGCAGCGCUGUCCAUGGUGGUGGUUCUUGCCAGGUCAGCUUGACUACCGAUCUGGAGCCUACCAAAGACUCUAAGUGGAUGGUGAUCAAGUCGAUCGAAGGUGGAUGCCCUGCGAAUACCGAUGGUAACCUCUCUGGUGGCCCUGACUCCCCGGACCCGUUCGAGUUCAACUAUUCCAUUCCCGCUGGCAUUGAGCCGGGCAAGUACACUCUGGCCUGGACAUGGUUCAACCGUAUCGGCAACCGUGAGAUGUACAUGAACUGCGCCCCCAUCACUGUCGCCGGCGGCUCCUCCAAGCGCGAGGUCGCCUCCGCUGAGGAAGUGGAGGUUGAGAAGCGGUCCGCCAACUUCCCCGCCAUGUUCGUGGCCAACAUCAACGGCUGCAGCACUACUGAAGGCGUUGACAUUCGUUUCCCCGACCCCGGUGACAAUGUGCAGUACGCCGGCAACCCCAGCAACCUUGAAGCCGCCGGCAAGCCCGCCUGCAAUGGUGUCCCCGCCUGGACUGUUGGUGCCGGCUCUAGCUCUCCUGCUACUGCUUCGAGCCCCUCUGCCACAUCUGUUGGCGGCGGUGUCAGCAUCAGCGUUGGUGUCUCUGUCGGUGCUACUGCUGCUCCUACCGCAGCCCCUGAGUCCGAGUCGAGCAGCGGCGAGUCCGCCGGAGCUGAAGCCGGCCCUGGCGUCUUCGCUCCUACUUCGGUCACGGUUAUCCCUCAGCCUGUCGCCUCCUCGUUGUCCUCUGCCAGUAGCUCUGAAUCGGGCUCCCAGUCUAGCUCUACCUCUAGCUCUACCUCUAGCUCUACCUCUAGCUCUGCCUCUAGCUCUGCCUCUGGAUCGACCUCCAGCUCCACUUCCACCACCUCUGGUGCUCUGACUGGUGCCUGCAAUACUGAGGGUCUCUGGAACUGCAUCGGGGGCGCCUCCUUCCAGCGCUGCGCCAACGGCCAAUGGUCUGAGGUUCAGCAGAUGGCGGUUGGCACACAGUGCACCACUGGUCAGCAUCAAGACUUUGCCGUCACAGCCACUGCCCUCAAGCCUCGCAUGAUCAGCGCCAUGCGCCACAGGCGUCGUGCCCACGGUGGUCACUCCCACUGA